AUGAGUACUUUUUUCGUUGUAUCCGAUGAUAUCUUAGGUAAUAUUAUAUCAAGAUUGCCGGCUAAAUCGUUUGCAGCUGCCGCUUGUGUUAACCAUGUUUGGAAUAGGGUUUCCGAUCUUAUUCUUUCGCGGCCGCGUCUUGCUUCCGGUCUUUCUGUUGCCGAAUCUCCUGAAAUCGCCGUGGAUGAAGCCCUUGAAAUGGCCUUAUCUAAACCAAUUCGGCCACAUUUUGCAAUUGCCUUUGUCGGUUUACAAUUUCCCAUCGAAGAGAUGCAUAACCGGAUUACAAGCAAAAUCGGUGCAAACACCCUUCUAAUUACGAGUGCUGCUCUUGGAAUCAUCGGUGUAGAUUCGACUACUAAUGAACUUGAAGAGGUGAAUUGGGAAUAUGAAGGUGAUGCACCGAAUACAGGUGAUGACAUGUACCGAGGAAUCACAUUGGUUAUUGGGUUUGUUCCGGGUUUGAAACUCAAUGUCUUUCCUAUGCUACGUACCAAAUCGGAACCACAAGUGACAAUGGUCGACAAAUUUAUUUCGGACGUAAGAGAUUUUACGGCUUCGGUCUCCGGAGAUGCAAACCGGGAUCCGAUUGGUAUAACGCUAUUUGGGGAUCAUUGUAGGAAUGUCAAACCUAUCCUCGCCGAAAUUGAUACAAAAAUAUCAAGAGAAACCAUUAUGAUCGGUGAUGUGCACAAUUUUUUCGUUUGUACCAAUGCUGCAAUAUUAAAUGUCGAUACCAAUCUAUACACUCUAGACGCGGUGGCACUUGUUUUCGCGAGAGAUAACCAAAACAAUGAAGUCGAAAUCAAAUUUCACGUGGGAAUUUCAAGUGGGAUAAUCCCAAUUGGUCCAAAAUUAGAGAUACUCGACGUUUUAGAGUACGAGGACAAAUCUUCAUGGCUAAUCGCUAGAACACAAGACGAACAACUCCCUCUUGAUGCUUCUAAUCUCCUUACAUCUCUUCAUGCAUUGAUUGAAGAUAAUUGUUAUUUUCUAUAUGUCGGUGUUAUAAAAGAAAUCGUACCGCAAGAGGGAGGACCGUCCAUAAAAUAUACAUCGUUUCAUGAAGUUGUCGGGACACGACAAAACAUGUUUAUAGUGGCGGGAACGGGUAUAAAUCCAGGCGAUGCUUGUAUGUUUUAUCACUCGGAUAUGGAAACUGCAAAGGGUUCGAGCACCAAUGUUUACAACCGGUUUAAUUCUCUGGCCGAACCGCCGCCUCGUCAAGUAUUGGGCCAGUUAAUCUCAGCUAACCAAGCCAACAGAGAGAAAGUGUUUGGAGGGAUCUUGUUUGGUAGCUCGAACCGUGGAGAGAAGUAUUUUGGAAAUUCCAUGACGGAUUGCAUGCCGUUUUUAAAGAACUUUCCUCAAGUACCAUUUGGAGGAACGUUUUGCUUUGAACCUAUUGGACGUUCUCCCGUUUUGGAAGACGAGGAAUGGCCGAGCCAAGAGAAUAGGUUUAAUAUGCAAGCCUUUAACACCGUGCAUCUACUCAUGUCUUAUAAGACAUCAUGAAUGUUUCAUCUUCUUAUAUAAGUUGUAUGGUUUGCUUAAAUAAUUUACUUUUGCUAAAAAUAUUUUUAGCUUAAGUAUCAUGAAUAUUUCGUCUUAUGUAGUUGUAUGGUUUGCUAAAAUAAUUUGCUUUUGCUAAAGAUAUUUUAGCUUAAGUAGAACUUUAUAUGUAUGGUAU